AUGGUAGGGACUGUGACGUCACAAGGAGGCGCCCUCGGGGAGAGCGCGCGGCUCUUCCACUCCUUCUUCAAGUCCCUUGUGGGCAAGGAUGUGGUCGUGGAACUCAAGAAUGACCUGAGCAUCUGUGGGACCCUCCAUUCUGUGGAUCAGUAUCUCAACAUCAAACUUACUGACAUCAGCGUCACAGACCCUGAGAAAUACCCUCACAUGUUAUCAGUGAAGAACUGCUUCAUCCGGGGCUCAGUGGUCCGCUAUGUGCAGUUGCCUGCAGAUGAGGUGGACACGCAGCUACUACAGGAUGCAGCAAGGAAGGAGGCCCUGCAGCAGAAACAGUGAUGCAACGACUCCGCUCCUUCCCUCUUCCAUUGGUGAUCCGUGACCUGGGGUCCCAGCCCAGGCCCCCUCCUUCAUACUUGAGAUGUUGUGUUUAUUGUUUUUCAAUAUUGAAGGCGCUUUUUUUUUUUUUUAAAAAAGGGGGGUGUGUGGGGGAGAUGAGUAGAUGAGUGGACUAAUUAGUGGGGAGCAGCCAUCCUCGGUGAGAAGGGGGAACUGCAGUGUUCCUGGUCCCCAGCACCUGCCUUUCCUCCUUCCCCAGAGAUGCCGGGAGAAUCUAGAUCUCUCCAGGGCGGCCUGUGACUCACUUGGGGAUGGAAGGACUCUGUCCCGCAUCGGGAAUAAAGCGUUGGUGCACAUU